AUGGCUGAUUUGGAUUUCAUAUCCAAGUCCGGCAUCGAGGUCGGAGCCCCUUACUCGAUCAGCAAAGCAGCUCUGAACACAGCCGUGGCCAAAUUCAGUGCAGAACACUCCCAUCAAGGCGUUCUUUUCUUCAGCAUUUCGCCCGGAGUGAUCGACACGGGGCUGUAUGACAAUGCUACAGAGGAGGAAAAGCAAAAGGGAAUGGCAAUGCUUGGCAAGAUGGCGAAGUAUGCACCGCAUUUCACCGGCCCGUCGACUGCAGAGUCUUCGGUAAAGGAUAUGCUGUCAGUCAUCUACAAAGCCAGCGUUGAGGCUGGAUUUGGAGGGUCGUUCAUAUCUCACCACGGAAACAAAGAAUGGAUUUGA